CGCCGGUGUCGGCUCAUUGUGACGAAGUCGUUGUAGUUAUCAGUCGAUUUUUAGUCUAGAAAGAAGGGUUUAGUUUAAAACAGAGAUUGGUACGAAUAUUUUGAAAGGAGCCGAAAAGUUUUUAGGUGAUGUCGAACAAAACCCGAACGCUGUUGUUAAAGGUGACGAUGACGCUACACACCCAUCUUUGUCCUAGCUCACAGAAGACGUCGUCGCAUCAUGCUGAUGUUGCCAAUGCCCACGUUGCUAACGAUCUGCCAAUAUGAAUGCUUCGAUGCCAACGUUCUACGGGGAUGCCGGACCGGCGGUUAUCGCCCUUGGAAACGUGUCGCAGAACGGCGUAACGCUCGGCGUGGAACUGGUCGCCACUAGCAACGGCAGCUGCCUGUCCAACUCCAGCAGCGACGAAUACGAGGCCUUCUAUAUGACGGCACGAUAUGUUACCGGGCUGAUCAUCUAUCCGAUGCUGUGCAUUACGGGCAUAACGGGGAACGUUCUGUCGGGUAUAGUGCUGAGUCACAGGAACAUGGCAACGUCGACGAACGUCUACCUGACGGCGUUGACCGUCUCCGACACUAUCAAACUGUUCAACGACCUGAUGUACUUCAUCAACCUCGCCUUGUCACUGAACCACCCAAACGUCAGCGAGACGAUGAUGAUGACCUAUUACCCUCUAGCUCAUUAUAUAUUCAACAUGUCCGUCAGCGUCACGGGCUGGCUGACGGUGUCAGUGGCCGUGGAGCGGUACAUCUCGGUGUGUCACAUUUCGCGCGCCAAACAGCUGUGCACGAUCCCGCGCGCCCGAAUCGUCUGCACGACCGUCUACAUAACGAUGAUACUGCUGUCCCUGCCGUCGCUGUUCCGCUACAAAGUGGAGAUUGUCUUCGACGCCGUCAACAACGUCUCGUGCAACAAGAUCGGUCCGACGGCCCUGGCGCUGAACAGUUCCUUCAUGGUUCCUUACACGUGGAUGCAAAAUUGCAUGCGCUGCAUCAUCCCCGUGUUCGUGCUCAUUUAUCUCAACACGCGCAUCAUCAACGAACUGCGCAAGGAGCGCGUCAAGGGGAAGAAACUCUCGUCACGAAACCGAAUCACGCUCAUGCUUAUCGUCAUCAUACUAGUUUUCGUUGUGUGCUUCACGCCGGACGCUGUGAUCUCCACGUUCUUUGGCAAAGGUUACGCCGAGGAGGGAAACCUCACAAAGGGAAUAAGGGAGAUAACCGAUUCGUUGUUGGCGGUGAAUUCGGCGUUGAACUUUUCCUUGUACUGCCUGUUGAGUCAGGUUUUUCGGGAGACGUUCCUUAGGAUAUUCUGUCCAUGUCAGCCGAACCGGAGAAACAGGAUGAGUGUUCGGAAUGGAACCACGACCGUUAUCAGACGAGAUUCCAAAGAAAUGAACCACAAUAACGAUAAAAGUGAAACCUACGUUUGAUGAAAAAAAUAUAGUCUUCAAAAAAAAAUAAAAAAAUACAAGCAAUGAAAAGAAUAUGUACAGUGUUUUUUUAAAUGUGAUCAAAAGGAUAGGUUGAUGAAAACGAAUUUGUGUAAGAUUCGAAAUCAGCUGGGAACAGUUCUUGUUGGAGCUUUCGCUGAGAUGGGUGGAUGAUAUAACGGAAUGAUGUUUGACACUUUUCGUCGGUGUUUUCGCCGCGAUGGUUGGACGAUCACUGGCCCCAUCAUAAAAAAAGUGUUCGUUUAUCAUUCGCGCCAGUGUGGAAAAUCAGAACAGCAUCAUAUGUUUUGUUUUUAGGUGAUUUUUUUGUUCUUGGUUUGUUUUUGUUUUGUUUUUUGUUGGGUUGUAUUUUUUGGUGGGGGUUUUUGGGGGGUGGAGGGGGAUUGCGGGGAUUUUUCUAAUUCUUUUAAAAACUGGAUGAUAGACUUGAACAUUGUUGACAUUGUGUAAAUCCAAUGAGACUAAGCAUCCAAUUGUUUUGUUAUUGUACGGAGAUAAAUACCGAAGUUUUUCAAAUAAAAAAAAAAGUUACAUUAUUUAAAA